GUUCAAGGCGUUUCACAUUCUUAGCUCAGUUAAGCUGAAAACUUGUGGGGCGCACCGCAGAGUUUGUGCUCGCCACAGCUGGGCAGCUUGAGAGAGAGGAGACCCGGAGACAACACUAAAAUACCUUAUGAAAGUCUGGGGCAGGAGAAUGGCGGAGUGGCAGAAUGCUUCGCGCACCCUUUCGAGACGUCAAAUGUGAACCGGCGAAACCCACUUUAUUCGCGUUCAGCGGUCAAGAGAAACUUGUAAACAAGAGAGGCAACAGGAGCUGAGGAGAGUGUGAGGCAUCCUGUGCCCUCUCAUCUCGAAAUGAACUUUCACUCGGGACUACGAUGGUUGGUGAUUUUAUGCGCUUUCCUUCAAGAGGGCUCAUCCCAGGACACGCACGAGAGGACGCGGCAAUGUGACAAGCAAGUCUCGCAGAAAGAUCUGAACUCCUUCCUGUGGACCGUAAAACGCCCUUUCCCUCACCCUCCAUCCUAUCUGUUUGGGACAAUCCACGUCCCCUACACUCGAGUCUGGGACUACAUCCCUGAGAGCUCGAAACGGGCCUUCCGAACCAGCACUAAUGUUUUCUUCGAACUGGAUCUCACGAAUCCUCUCACCAUCUCGAAACUCACCAGCUGCCAGCUGCUACCCAAUGGAGAAAACCUCCAGAAGUUGCUGCCCCGUGACCUCUACCGCCGCCUCAAACGCCACCUGGAUUACGUCAAGCACAUGAUGCCCUUGUGGAUGACUGCGGAUCAACGCGGCCGGGGGCUUUAUGCCGACUACCUCUUCAACGCUAUUGCAGGUAACUGGGAACGCAAGCGGCCCAUAUGGGUGAUGCUAAUGGUGAACUCACUGACGGAAGCAGACGUGCGGUCACGAGGAACACCGGUGCUUGACCUGUUCCUGGCGCAGGAGGCCGAGCGCAUGGGGAAGCAGACAGGUGCUGUGGAGAGGGUGGAGGAACAGUGCCAUCCCCUAAAUGGACUAAACUUUUCACAGGUGUUGUUUGCCCUCAAUCAGACUCUGUUGCAGCAUGAGAGUUUGCGUGCAGGCAUUAUGCAGGAUGCCUUUACCACAGAGGACCUCAUAACACACUACAACUGUGGAGAUCUCAACUCCAUCAUCUUUAACCAUGACACAUCACAGCUUCCAUAUUUCAUCAACAGUUCCCUGCCAGCUCAUGAUCGCUUGACGGCGCAGCAGAUUGACAGUUACCUGCGACAGGAGCUAAUUUACAAACGCAAUGAGCGAAUGGCACGCCGUGUAUCCGCCCUCCUGCAGAGAAGCCCCACCCAGAACUUCUUUUUUGCUUUUGGAGCUGGUCAUUUCCUGGGCAACCACAGUGUGCUGGAUAUUUUGCGACAGGAGGGUUAUGAGGUGGAGCACACACCAGCACAAGAGCCUAUCACACAGAGCUUGUCUGAGGUGGAGGGUACCACUGUGAUUCCCACUGAAGGAAGCUCUGAGCCAGCAACGGAAUGGACAUCACCCUCUGAGCUUGAGGAGACCAGCCAGGAAGAACUCACCCAUAUGCUGCUGCCAGACAGCCUCAGUCAACUAGAAGAGUUUGGCCAGUAUAAACGUCCUCGAAAAACUCAUCGUGCACACAGUCGACCACGUCUGUUCAGUGAUUUGUGGGUGCGCAUAGGAGACAGCACAACGGCACAUCCGAACAUUAGGCUAACCAAUGGCUACGUGACUGUGGAGCCUUCUUUAACACAACAGGAACAACAGCAAAGAAGAACUCCACUCAGAGACAAACUGAAGACCCCCAGCCAGCCCACAACCGCCAGUGCACUUGACCGUUCUGUUCCAAACCCAAGAUAUGCGCUGACUUGCCUUUUGGCAAGUCUCAUUUCACAACUGGUUUUCACUUCCUGAGGAGUGAGUUUUUUGGAGGCAUAUAACCCAUCUGAAGUCAGAACUUCUAAGUUACACUGCCAUUGUGGACAAAAUAAAUGGAAGUGUAGAACUGCUUAGAUCAAUUUCAGGUUUUUGCCUUAAAAAAAAAAUAAUAAUAAUAAACGAUACUAAAAUGCUGUUUCCAUAAUGUGUAACAGUAGAAAUAUGUGAGCAAUAUCUAAUUGUUACAUCUGGCAAAAUUAUAGUUGUCAGAAUAACAAUAACAGAACAUUGUAAGAACAUUGUGUUAUAGUUUUGUUACAACUAUGUUCAAAGCUGAUUCCCUGAAUGUAAAAAUCAGCUUUAGUGAGUUACGAAUUGUACCUUUAUGUGAAUAGACACACAGCUGGUCUCUAUUGCCCAAUCAAACCAGACAGCAUAAUAAGAAUGUGAAGUUUCUUUUUCUAAUGAGUGAAAUGGGGCAAUAGAAAAUAUACCAAAUUCUCAGUAUCAUAUACAGGUUUAAGCCUAACAUCUAAAUUAUAUAAAAGAGGCUGUAAUUAUGUGAUAUGGUCACUGAUAGAUAAUGAAAAAACUUAAAUAGUUAAAAGAAAUGACAUGUUUUGUAAAUUGUGCAUUUGUUCAUACAGAAAGUUUAUAUUUAUUAUUACAUGAAGAGUAUAU